AUGUUUCUUUCUACUAAAGAAAGAGCUUCGAAGAGCUUACGAAGACUGACGAAAGCUAAAAUUUCAACACCAGUGGCUCAAGUAAACACAUUGGAAUUACCAAAGAAAAUUAUCAAGGCUCUGUAUGAUUAUCAAGCGAAAGCCCCUCACGAAAUUUCAUUCAAAAAAGGCGACUUUUUUCAUGUAACUGGAAGAGAGAAUGAUGUGGAUUGGUUUGAAGCAUGCAACCCUGCUUCGAACUUGAAGGGAAUCGUUCCUGUUCCUUAUUUUCAAAUCAUUGAUAAAACAGAGCGAAGUUUACCUGUCAACCGGCCCACAUCAUCAUCUACCGCUUCAUCAACGUUGACCUCAGAGCUUGAUUCUGGAUUUUCAGACAUGUCCAUUCAUGGUCAUAACAAAAAGAAACACCAAAUCUAUGGAGUUGUAAUGUUCGAUUUUAAAGCCGAGAGACCUGACGAAUUAGAGGCACAAGCGGGAGAAGCUAUUGUAGUGAUCGCCCAAUCAAAUCAUGAAUGGUUUGUUGCAAAACCCAUUGGUAGACUAGGUGGGCCGGGCCUCAUCCCAGUGUCAUUUGUACAAGUGCGCGAUGCUUUGACGGGUGAAUUGAUUGAUCCAAGCGAGCAGAAUUCGACACAUUUACCUGGUGUAGAUGACUGGAAGAAAAUGACACAAAGCUAUGAAGCAUCAAGCAUCCCGUUGGGCGUUUUUGAAAACAGAUUGACAAUAUCUGGCUCUAAACAUGUUUCUGCAGGUACAGUAACCGCAUCCAGAGCCUCUGAGUCGUCUUCAGAAUCCGCGCAAUUUGACAUUGUAACUUAUACGUCGAUCGAUUCAUACAUACUGGAGGGUGAUCGGUAUUGGUUUGUGGUGUAUGCGCGAGUCAAUCAAAAUUGCCAUCGUAUUUUAUAUCGAUUGUACGAAGAUUUCUAUGACUUCCAGAUCAACUUGCUACAAUCCUAUCCAGUAGAGGCAGGAAAGGCCGAUCGCGAUAGAAUCUUACCAUUCAUGCCAGGACCUUUGACGUACGUGGAUGAAGCAAUUACAGCAGAGAGACAGGUGGAUUUGAAUCAGUACUGUAAAGACCUUUUAAAUCUUCCUCGAUAUCUAUCAGAGAGCGAGAUUGUUCAGAAACAACUAUUUGGUAUUCAUGAAGGAGACAUUGAACUUGACUACGAUCCUCGGGUAGGAAACGUCAAAGGCAAUUUGACUCCUGAACAACCAACAACAACAACAAAUAAUAGCAUGAGUCGUACGCCAUCUGUUCAACCUACGUCAACCUUAUCACAUCCACCUGUUGCAACACAAUCAAACGCCACAACAACAUCAAAUGUCGCACAACAACAAAUCAAAAUCAAAAUUGUUCACAAAGAUGACAUGUUUGCAAUGAAAGUACCUGCUGAUUGUUCCUUGGAUUACCUCAAAUCGAAAGUUUACGAGAGAAUUGGUGCCAAUGUCACAUUAGAAUACAGGAGUGAGGCAAGCGAUAACAACGAACCUCUGGAAUCUGAAUUGGAUAUGGAGGAAGCAUUUGUGCAGGCUAUUCAAAGAGGGAAACUGACGGUUACUGCCAUUCCUAAUGCUAGCAAUUAA